AUAAACUGGUCGACUAUCUAGCGUUUCUUCCUGGUUGUCAUCAGAACUUUAUCGAAAGCUUCAUUUUGCCUUACCAACGGUUGGCCUGGCGUUAUAUCAGAGUAAUUCUCCACAGCUGUGACAGAACUUUGAUCGAUGGGAUACUAAGUUCAGAUGGAGGCUGAAGAACCAGUCUGGACCAAAUAUGACCUGGAAAGGCUCCUGCACGCUAUGAAACAGAACUUACCUGGAAGUUUCCGAAGAAGCCCAUACAGCAAGGGACAGAGUAGUGUUGACUGGCGGAAGGUGGCCUUCGGCCCUUUUUCUUCUGAAGAAUGUUGGAAAAAGUGGCUACAGAUUUCUCAGAAGAUCAGCAAGAUUCGCAGUCUCCCAGAACUCAUUGGUCACGCCGAGGGUGCCAUUGCCAACCCUUUCAGGGGGACAAACUGUGAGAUCUAUCCAGAUUUCCCGAAGAAACCCUAUCCUUCAAAUAAGAUCUUUAUGCUGGAAAAUCUGGAGAAGUUGAAGAGAAAGAACCCACGCUUGAGCCGACAAAAACUUCGGACCUUGGCAAAUUAUGAAUACUACAAGCUCCCCAAACAUAAAAAGGCCAAGUAUGUCAAUAAAUUCCUGGUUGCAGAUGGAGAAUAUCAGGAGAGGCUACAGCAGCUCAGGAAACAAUUUCGCCCAGGUGCACAUUUGCAGAAGCGCUGUUUAGCCCCAACACCCAAAACACCCGUUACACCUCGUAAGCUCGAGAGAGCUGUCCCGCCUACCGGUCCCAACCAGCAAGACCAGCAUGUUAAGUGUAAGACUGACACUUCCACCGAGGAGGAGACUCUGAGUUCUUGCAGCGACACGGGACCACUGACCUCCGGAGGGGGCAUGCCUGUCAAACCUCCUCUCAACGGCUUUGUCAUCUUCAGUAAGAAGCUCCGGUCCUCAAAAAGCUGCUCCGGUAAAGUUUCGACAACCGUUUGCGCCCAACGUUGGCGACAACUGACUAACCAACAGAGGGACAAGUAUAAUGGACUGUGUUUAAAGCUGAGGGAAGAAUAUGCCGUCAAGCUGAAGGAAUAUCUCAGUAGUUUGCCGGAGGAAGAGCAGCAGAAAAUGCACUCGUUGAAAGCAGUGCCCCAGUUAAGGAAAUCUUGCAGUGGACCGAAGAUGCCAUCCUUGUUAGGUAGUGCCUUAUACUAUAGAGAGAAAAUUGAACUCCUGAGGGAACGGUUCCCGAAUGCGAAGGAACGUCUUGCCGAGGCCACUCAAAUGUGGGCGAACCUCUCUGCCGCGGAGAAGAGCGUGUACUAUCAGGCAUCACGGAAGAACUUCCAGAAGUUUAUACUUGAUCAACAGCAGUAUUUCGAUGCACUUACAGCUGAGGAGCAGGCACGCUAUGUGAAGGAAAACCAACGAAAGUCAAGAUAUCUUAAACUUCAAAAAAAGAAAGAUUGUCUCAAAAAAGAAGAGAGGCCACACAGAACAUCUGAUUCCGAAGACGAAGACAUUCUGGACAUCAGCAGCAACGAAGAGAAAUAUUCUGAUUCAGCUGAGGAGCAAGAGUCAGAAGAGUUUGAGAUGACUUUUUGGGGUAUGAGAUGAUGGACUGCAACGGAAGCUCCGGAGCCACCUUCGGCUCAGAUGUGGACUCUUGACCGUCUUGGAGCGCCUUUGAGAGUAAGCCUGUGAUCCGGGGCUUACGACUCAGGUGUGACGCUGUUGUAGUGGUUUCAAGCAGAUCCUUGGGGACCACCAGUACUACUGAGCUGUGUUCGAAAUUGCCCCCUAUUUGCUAUAUCGUCUUCUUUUGGCUGUUCCUGUCAGGGGGUCACCAAAGCAGAUCAUCUGUUUCCAUCUCUUCCCGUCCUCUGCCUUUUCCGCUGUCGCGCCAACCACCUGCAUUUCCUCCCUCACCACAUCCAUUAAUGGCGGCAGAUGUGCUCUUAGGCCCCCCUCCCCCUCGGUUCAGGGAUGGUCGUUCCCUCUUCACUUAGAUGGCCUCUUUGACUCCGUUCUCGUACAUCUGUCGCAAAUUUUACAAUGUUGUGAUUGCAAAAAUUGCCAAAUCCUCUGUGAAUAGUACACAUGGCCGUUGUAACUAUAGUUAAUUUUCACACCCUUAUUUGCAUAUGAAACUGGUCGUUGGUUUUGUUCGUUGUACAACUGUUUUGUUUAUAAGCAUGGGGAUACCUGCAGUCAGUUGAGACUUAAGGGGUCACUAAUGCCCCUUUUCCACGACGUGGUACUGCCUCAACUCGACUCAGUUUUUUUCGUUUUCCAUUACUGGAAAGUGUCGACAUUAUGAUAACUGAUACCACUUUUCUGGCACCACCUUUGUCGAGCUUCCAAAAAAACUGGCACGGGUACCAAAAUCAGUGCAGACCAGUUACACUGAAGGGGUACUGUUACGGUAAUGGAAAACGACACUCUGCGACUCGAGUUGAGUCGAGUUGUGCUGGUACCACGUGGUGGAAAAGGGGCAUUAGAUGAGUGAUGAAAUGUUUCUUUCUCAAUAAACGU